AUGCUACUCAUUGUUUCUCUUCUGUUAAUAUUUGAAUUCAAAUUUGGAAGAGUGACACAAAGCGAUGGAAAUUUUCAUCUGGAUGAAUUCCAGUGGUACUUUCAAUCAGCAAAUGGCUCUAUUCGAGGAUCAGCUCGAAUACCGGGAGACAUUUAUCAAGAUUUAUUCCUUUCAAACUACAUUUCCGAGCCACUAUUUGGAGAAAACGAUCGUUUAUUACGAUGGGUCCCACGAACGGACUGGACUUAUUACACUACAUUUGUUAUUCCCAAAAACUGGAGCAGGAUAAAUGCAAUGUUAUUGAACAUUGGUGGACUAGACACUGUGGCCGAGGUGUUUUUUAAUGAUGCAUUAGUUCUCAGAACAUACAAUCAGUUCGUUUCAUAUCUGAUACCUCUAAAACAGUGGAAAAUUGGAAGAAACAAUUUGCGCAUCGAAUUUAAAUCUCCUAUCACUUACGCAAAACAGAAGUCUGAGGAGUACCAAGAACUAUUUGGCCAUACUGUUCCUCCCAUAUGUCCAGUAUCUGAAUUCCAGGGCGAAUGCCAUAUUAACUUCAUAAGGAAGAUACAAGCAAGCUUCAGCUGGGAUUGGGGACCUUCAUUUCCAACAGUUGGGAUUUGGAAGCCGAUAUCUAUCGAAGGAGUACAUUCGAUAUUCAUGGACAAAAUAUCGGCAGUAGUCUCAUUUAAAAAGCAGUACUUCAUCAUUUCGGUAAGGAUCACAAUGUGGAGUGCAGUAAAGGUCAAAUAUGCGGAAAUGACACUAGCAUUGCCCGAAAUUUUCAUCACAAAUCUGUUCAUUGCUUCAUUUGAUCCAAUGGAUCGAAAUAUUGUGGAACGAAGAAUGUUAGUGCCUAACGAUGCCGUUGAGAGAUGGUGGCCAAACGGUAGCGGCAAGCAGAAACUAUACGAAUUGGUUGUCUCAGUGUUUUAUGAAGGACAAAAUUUUAAUAAAAAAAUAAGAGUGGGAUUCCGAACAGUUGAGCUCAUCCAGGACUGUGUGAAUAGUGAGAAACCCACAUUGGGAAGACAUUUUUAUUUCAUGAUCAACAAUCAACCUAUAUUCCUUAAAGGCUCGAAUUGGAUUCCAUUAUCGGCAUUUCCGGCUCGCAACCAUCGUUUCAGGGAGAAAUUUUUACUUGAAUCAGCCCGUGAGUCGAAUAUGAAUGUGUUACGUGUAUGGGGUGGUGGUCGCUAUGAGAGUGAUCACUUUUACGAUUUAGCCGAUGAACUGGGAUUAAUGAUAUGGCAGGAUAUGAUGUUUGCAUGUGCAUUGUAUCCGGUGGAUAAGCAAUAUCUGGAUAACGUUCGAGAAGAAGUGGAUGCUCAGGUGGACCGACUUCGACAUCAUCCAUCAGUUUUCGUUUGGGCUGGGAACAAUGAGAACGAAUUGGGUGUUCGGCAGUGGUUCUUUGUGGCAAAUUACUCUUUUGCUGUCUCGGUAUCAGACUAUAUGAAAUUGUAUAAUGAAACGAUACGACCAAUUAUUGCCCGACUGGAUGGUACCAGACCAUAUCUGCUCUCCAGCCCAACAAAUGGAGUCGAAUCUGAAAUAGAAGGAGGUGUUGCGGAAUAUCCAGCUGAUGAGAAAUACGGUGAUAUUCACUUCUACAAUGAAAUGGAUGAUCUGUGGAAGGAUUCGACUUAUCAAAUUCCACGAUGCUCUUCCGAAUAUGGUGUACAGUCGUUCCCAAGAAAAGAAACGAUGUUGAAAUGGUUAAAUGAAACAGAUUGGUCCUAUACAAGUAAAGGGAUGAGACGUAGGCAGCAUCAUCCUGGUGGAUUCCUGGCUCAACUUUCUAUGGUCUUCUCACAUUUCAAAAUUCCGAAUGAAUGCGGGAAGGUAGUGAACGAAGAUUGCAUGUAUCUGAAAACGGAGAAGUUCAUGGACCGUUUCGUGUACUUGUCCCAGUUCCACCAAGCGGUCACUUAUCAAGUACAGACGGAGCAUUAUCGAAGAUGGCGUGGACGGUUGACAGAAGAUGGUCGUGGUAAUACGAUGUGUGCUCUAUACUGGCAAUUGAACGAUCUAUGGGCGGCACCGACUUGGUCAACAAUCGAUUUUGAACUUUCAUGGAAACCCGCUCACUACUUUGCUCGUCGAUUCUUUGCACCAGUUAUUCUUUCUGUGGCAAUAGGCGAAGACAUUCAUUUAUUUGUUGUAUCAGAUCUAAUAAAACCAAUAUCCAAUGUAACAGUGAUCUUGGAAGUUUUCUGGUUUGAUCGUUUCCUUCCAAUUCACUCAUUUAAACAGGAAAUUAAUUCAAUUCCCCCGCAGUCAUCUACUGAGAUCCCUAUUGAUGAAGCAAUGUUCAACGGAAUAAGAAAGGAAAGAAGCGACCGAUAUGUCUUGCGAGGAAGGAUGUUGUCAAGUAAUGGUACUCAAAUUGGUUAUGAUACCAUUCACUUGCCUGAUAAGCUGUUUAAGGUAGAUGAAGUGAGUUUCGGAAAAGUCUGGAUUCGAAAACUGCACAUAAAAAAUGACAUGUUAUAUGAGUUGAAGCUAGAGGCCGACAAAAUAGCACCUUUCGUGUACAUGGAGUUAGCUCCAGGACUAAUCGGAUGGUUCUCCGAUAAUGCAUUUACGAUGACCGAACCGAAAAAGACAUUAGUACUAUCCUUGUUCAAGAAACCUGAACGUCAACUGACCGAGAACGAUAUUACCAUUUGUUCAUUACAUGACUGUGGCAAAGCUAGCAUAUAA